UAAUGUGAAAAGUGAAAAAAUCAUAACAAAAUAGUUGUUCAUUUUAGUUGACUUAAACAACAACAAUUUAGCGGUUAAAACGGUUAACACGAAAAAAUGAAAAGGAUAUAAAAGAAUUUUAUACCGACGGCAAUUGAAAAAAUAUUUUUUAAAAAUACUUUCAUAAAAAAGUAAAAAAAAAGUGUUAAAAUUUAUUAUUAAAAAAAACCAACAUGCACAAUCAAAAUUCUAAAUCAUUUCUGAUACGAGAUCUAUUAGGGGACCUAAUAAAUCGACAACAACAACAACAACAGCAGCAACAACAACAUGAAGAUGACUCCGACAUUUCCGACAACAAUUCAGAUAUUGAUAUAGAAGAUCGUUCCUCUCCCGAUUCAGAAGCUUUAAAUUGUCAUUAUAAUGGUCAAACGUUAUCCAAUGGUCAUUUAUUAUUUAGCAACAAUGAAUCUAGUCUUGACUCUUCCCACUUUAUUAAUGAUAAUGAACAUUCCGUAAGCAGCCAAUUGCCUCAAACACAUGGGGGUGGAUUUUUGGGAGAACAUAAAAUGGGUUUGCCGAAAAGCGGUCGAAAACCUAGACGUCGGCGGACAGCUUUUACACAUGCCCAGUUGGCAUAUUUGGAGAGAAAAUUUCGUUUUGUCAAAAGUAUCUGA